GAAUCAAUCUACGUCACUGAAAUCAGCAUGGUGUGACGUUUCUGGGAUAUAAAUAUCGUCGGUAGAUGUGUGACUGCUACAUAUACUAUGGAACUGAUGAGGGUAGUGUUCGGGGUGUUGAUUUCCUGUGGUGUAGCCCUAGCGGCCUGUCCGGACGAUGCUACAGAUUUAAUUUCAUGGACGGCCACUUAUGGAGCAACCCCUGGGCCCAGUGCUAAUAUAACCUUGACCCAACCAAUGCUCUUGGACACUUCUGUUGAACUUUUCGGACUGACCAUCGCUUCUGGAGGUCGUUUGGUAUGGAGCCGACAAGGAAAUUAUCGCCUUCGGACACAUUUUAUCAGAAUUCAAAAUGGAGGCGAACUUCACAUUGGAAGUCAAUUCUGUAGAUUCAAUAAGAAGGCACAUAUCACGCUUUUAGGUGAACCAGAAGAGAAGUUGAACAUUCCUGGCUUUGGGGAGAAGUUUAUCGGCGUGGAAGCUGGCGGUGUUCUGAAUCUGUACGGGAAAGAGAAAUUGUCGUGGACAAAGCUGACCAAACACGUUAAAAAAUUUGACAAAACAAGAGCCGAGAUUUUCAACCACAGGGAGGAGCCCAAUCUCUUUAGAAAUCAGGGUCUCUAUGUAUACCACUUCAAGGAGGAAUAUCCGUCAAACUUUGACAUUGAAAACGACCGUGGAUUUAUUAAAGUCGAUAGUAUUUAUAGAAAAAUAGCAUUCGGUGACCAGAAUAAAAUUAACACAGCCAUGCAGGACCUCGUAAACUUCAUCAACAAUAUUCCUGAUGGCGACAUAUAUGCCCUUGCUACACAGAGGCACUUUCUGCGCGAUUUUAAGGAUUACACUAUGCUAUAUGAUGCUAUCGAUGGACUUGGAACAAACUCUCUCAGGACAGUGGAAGCUGACGAUGCCUAUGUCGCUGUAGGCAAGAAAGGUGACAGGAAGUCCUAUUCUGAGGACCUGGAGUCGGAGUUUGGUCCGGACGGUUCCGUCGAGGCCCUGGUCGUGUAUUAUAACGAGGCCCGCGAGAGGGAGCUGAUCGUCAGUUCUGUCAACUACCCAGACCCUUACAGAGGAAGGACACAGUUCCUGGUCGUCAACACUCUACUGGUCAGACCCAUUAUCUCAGUCGUAGAUGAUACUUGGUCUUGGAAAACGGGUGAUAGGAUAUUUAUAACUUCUACUGACUAUGACUGGAAACAAGUGGAGGAAUUCACUGUCGUCCCCUGUAACAGUCCCCUGUGUUCCUCUACCACCGUCAGACUCGACCAUCCUGCCCAGUAUGACCAUUAUGGAGAAAUCUAUAAAAGGGUAGAUAUGAGAGCGGAGGUGGGACUAAUGACCAGAAACAUUCUUAUUGAUGCUGUAGUCUCAGAGGGGAAUAAUAAUGGUGGACACAUCAAGUUCUUGUACGGAUUUAAGGACGUACAAGUGCAAGGAACAGAAAUCACGAAUAUGGGUCAUCCGCUGAUUUUAGGCAGGUACCCCCUGCAUUACCACAUGUGUGAAGACCUAGCCAAUAGGACAUUAUACGCCAGGAACUCUGUCAUUCGCAAAAAUUCCAUUCACCACACCCAGUUCCGAUGUGUGACAAUCCACGGGACACAUAGCGCCAGGCUUCUCGAUAAUGUUUGCUAUGAUACCGUGGGUCAUGGAUUUUUCAUGGAGGACGGUGGAGAGAAACAUACUUACUUCCGGGGCAAUCUUGGUUUGGGGCAACAAGAUUUUGUGGGGACACCGGUGCUGGGACAGACAGGAGCCAUUCCGACCGACCAGGGGAAGGGACCCGCCACUUUUUGGAUCACCAAUCCCAUUACUACAGUUAUAAACAACGUGGCAGCAGGUAGCCAGGGUGUUGGAAUGUGGUUUGUCUACCCCGAUAUACCAACUGGACCAUCAAGAACUAAGAAUUUCAUGCAAGAAAUGGAAGCUCGACGAACCAAAAUAAAGCUACUUAAAAAUAAUGUUUUCCAUUCAAAUGCAAACAGCGGGCUAUUUAUUGAUAACAUCGAAUUCGAUAAUCUGACGGUUAGUGGUUACAACAUGUACAACCCACUAGAGAAUCCAAAGGACCUCUCCUCCAAACCUGUCCCGGCAGUGAUCGAAAGAAUUACUGCAUACAAGAAUAGGGUACAGAACGCAUGGGUUCGAGGGACACCGAUGAUUGUCAGGGAUUCAUCGUUUGCGGACAGCUUAUUGGGGGCAAUUGUCAUCAAGGAGAGUGAUAUAUGGGUGGAGUUCAGUAACAAUAUCGUGCUGGGGUACACUGAUAAUCUGGGGAACCCCAAGUCGGGGGAGACCAGAUCCUUCCCUAACGAGCCGUCGAAGGAUGUUACAGGGUUCCAGUUUGAAAAAGGGCCUGUAUUUGUGACGAACACUUGGUUUGAUGAUUUCAUUUCCACCUCCACAUAUCAGGCAACAGCUCUGACCAACAAGCUUUGUUUCAUAAACAUGAAUGCACAAAAUCAAGUUGAAAACUUGUCAUUCGGAUACAACGAUGGACCCAAUAACAGGAUCAAAUUUCGCCAACUCGACACAUGUGAAACUUCAGAGGACAUAGAUGCCAUGUUCUCCGUGAAAGACGUUGGUAACGGUUUGACCGAAAGUACCGGACCAAAUGACGUCACAUUGGUUGUAAAUAUUCCUUUCCACGUCACGAGUCAAUGUAAAGUCAGGGAGUCUUGGAAUAUGGCUUACUGCCCUUAUAAUUUUGGAGAGAUACAGGCUAUUUAUCGAACUAAAGAGUUACUGAGCGUUUACCGAGUGGAUGGCAACUCUCCACAGAAGAGAGACUUGUUCAAGAAAAAAUUUCUCGCCAUUCUCGGCCCAAAUGGCAACAACUUCCUUUAUUUGAUGGUGUUCAAAAAUGGCAUGCCAGCUGUCGUUCAUUUUGGAGGAGAAUCUGUUACAAAGUCAGACACCGCAGUGAUGGCUUACUGUAUACCCAGGGACAGUGUCCUAUCAGUGGCUUACAAACUGGACGAAGAUAGGAGGCCGACUGAGAUGGUCAACUCGCUGGACGAGGUUCUCGGUGAUACCGAGGGAGGAAAAUUCUUCAUCGACAGACAAGUGGGAGUUAUCUUCUUUAAAAUGAUACAUGUCGCUGAUUAUGAGCCAGGAGAGAAAGCGUCCUGCCCCACCGGAAUUUGUCACAGAAUACUCGUCCGCAUCGUCAGCGGCAAUAUGGAGGACACGGACUGUUCCGGCAGGUUCUUUGCUGAGUCCUCUUAUCAACGUCCCGGACAGGGCAGUCCAACAGUUGAUAAUAGUAUUCUACAAGCUACAGUUACGGAACCGCCAGAGAACUUGGGUGCUGGAUCAACAUACCCACAGCCAUUUUGACAUCGGAAUACUUAAAUAUGAUGGAAACUUUCUGAGGCAAUGAACUGAAAAAGACGAUAAUAAAACAGCUUGAUUUAUACUAAA